AAGUAGUCAGAGAAAGUAGGCAUAAGAAAACAAUGAGGGAUCGAGGGAGAAACAGAUUAACGUUGAGGCAGGUAUAACACAGCAUUUAGUUAAUAGCUUCGGAUUCGUUUAUGGGUAACAUUAGAAAAGAAACAUUAAGAUCACUUAAGUCGAGGGCAUCAUAUAUGUACUUUUUACCUAAAAUAGUGGCUAGCUAGUUGCUAACGUUGCUGUUGGUGUAACUCAACUUAGCAAACAUGUCAUAUAAAAUGUUCCUCGUCUUUUUUCAUGGCAGUCAUUUAGCUUUAUCUGACUUUAAAGAAAGGAAGCAACAAUGUAAUGAGUAACGUUACAGAGACAUCAUGCAGGACAAUCCUCGGAUCAGUAUUGGACUAACUUAGCAGGAAACUGUUAGCUAGAUAGUUUUUUUUAACUGUGCCUUUAAUGGAGAGAAGCAGCGAGGAAGAGGCCCCUACUGAUGAAGAGGAUGGAGACCAGACUGCCUGUUGGAUUAGGAAACCAGGCAGGUCAGAGGAUGGAGAGGUUGAAGUGACACCAGCCUGUAAGCCAUUCACAGAUCUCUCUUCAUCCUCAUCUUCCUCUUCCUCUGUGGUGUCUCUGACUCCACCCCUGCCUCCCUUCCAAGCGCUGUUGACUGACACAAGGCUGACCCUAGAUGUGUACAAGGGAGGAGCGGCUAUGCUUCCUUUGCUCUGGGGGUCUAUCCCGGAGCAGCUGAGGGGCCUCCAGUACCUGAGACUGGGCUCUGAGGACAAACCAGCUCUGGAUACUGCACUGGAUGUCCUUCCCCAUCUGACAGAGCUGCGAUCAUUGGCUGUUCGGGGACACUGUUUUUUUGACUCGCAUGGUGACCCGCUGCCUGGCCUCCUCACCAUCUUGCCAGCAUCUGUUUCAUCCCUCUCUCUUCUGGUGCACCUGGAUCUCUCCUUCAACCAGCUCUCCUGUCUGCCAUCCUGCCUUCUGAUCCUGCCUGUGUUGUCCUCUUUGCUCCUCUGUAACAACCACCUCUCAGCUUUGCCUCCUGAUAUAGGCCAGCUAUCCUCCCUCAUCUACCUCUCCCUCCUGGGAAACGAGCUGGUCUCUCUUCCCCCGAGUCUGGGUCAGCUGCAAGCACUAGAGACACUAGAUAUUUCACAUAACCUCCUUCAGCAGUUACCUGAUGAAAUUGGUUCUCUGGAGGGGCUUGUUAAGCUGGAAUUGUCUCACAACAAGCUGAAGCAGCUGCCAGAUAGCAUGGGCUCCCUUCAUGCUCUCAGGGAGCUUGUCAUCUACAGCAAUGCAAUCCGUCUGAUCCCACAUUGUCUUAACAAACUGCCUCUGCUGAAAAUCGAUGUGCGUGACAAUCCUUUGGGACGACCCCUAACACCUCCCCCUCUCCCUCCUGCACCUGAUCAAGCAGAACCAAAAAUCCAAGAGUUGCACCUCGGAUUUAAUGAGCACAGUUUCUGUGUUUCGUCUGCUGGGUCUCAUGUGUUUCUCCCAGGGGGGGCUGAGCUCCUGUUCCCCCCGGGGUGCCUGGUGACAACCACAAAGCUGAAGUGGGUUGAGAAAAGGCCAGAAAGGAAGAUGGUGAGGCUGGAGGAGCAUGACAUCUUGCUGAGUCGUCCACUGGAACUGAGUCCUCAUGGAAUUACGUUUCUAAAGCCUGUAGAGGUGUGUGUGCCAUAUCAUCGGGCAAAAAGAAGGGAAGUGGUGGUGCAGAAGUUUGACGGAGAGUCAUGGAGCAUUCUUCCCACAGUCCUGCGAAGAGGAAGCGAAGGACAUAGCAGCCACCCUGGUGGGCGACCGGCCAGGCUGGCCUGCUGCUCAGUGAGCCAGUUCUCCUGGUUUAUGGCAGUGUCCCGUCCAGUUAAGGACAGUUGCUCUGUUACACCAGCUGGAGCCCUGCUGGUAUCCAGCGCUGACCCUGGAGUUAAGCUCCAGUUCCCUCCCGACUCCACCGUGCAGACGCGCGAUAUAACCCUACAGGUGUUGCAGGUGUCUGUGUCAGAGGUGCAGGCACUGUGUGGAGACCCUCAGGCCACAGUAAGCCCUCUCCUCUGCCUCUCACAGACUCCCAGCAUACUGUUCCUGCAGCCUAUCAAAGUUCAGAUCCCUCUGCCACCUGGAGUCACAGGUCAUACAGUCGAUACCUCUUGUUUGCAUCUGCUACACGGAGACCCCACUGCCCAAACCUGGACUGACAUUACAUCUGAAGUGUCUCUUGACGUCACACAUAUGUAUGCAAUUUUCUACAUCACACAUUUCUCCUGGUACUGGCUUUGGUACACCACUCAGCGCUGUGUUGGUGGCGUGGUCAGGAAGGUCUAUCAGAAGCUGAAACAGUUUAAAGUCCAGUUCCUCGUCUUGCAGAGGAAGACUGAUCCUUCUCAAGUUAUGCUGCAGUGUUUACCUUCCAACAAGGUGGACAGCAGAGUUCAGUCUCUGUCGGAGCAAUAUGACGGACCUCAGCCUUCGGACCUGUGUGACCUGCUGGAAGGAGAGCAGUUCUUCGCCGGCUUUGAGAAGGGCUUGGAUAUCAGCACAGAGAGUCCAGACUGUGUGGCGGGUAGACUGCGUUUUGAGUUUUACUCCAGCAUGAAGAAUCUGAAGGAAGUGUACAUCUGUCCGGCUCAGGGUCAGAAGGGGCCAGUGAGGGGACAAGUGUCUUUUUAUAGAGGGGAGAUUCCCAGUAAUCUACCAGAAGAAGUGGCGAGGAAGAGGAAAGGACCAGACAGCCAGUGGCUUUCGACUUUACCACUAAGACUUCCUGCUCUAAACUCAGAAAAUAAUUUCAUCAUGGAAGAGCACCAGUAUCCUCCUCUGAACCUGGGUGACCCUGAGAGCGGCUACUUGACGGAGGCCAACCUGCUGUCCAUCUCUCUUCAGAUAGGACAGGACUGGCGUGGUAUCGGUAUCAAUCUUGGCUUAAGCUACCAGGAAUUGGACCGCAUCCAGUUCAAGUACAGGGACAACCUGGGAGCCAUGGUGCUGGAGAUGCUGUUCCACUGGGCCCGCGGACAGAGCAAAGCAGGACCGGGAGCAGCGUCCAGGCUGGUGGCCGCCAUGAUGGAGAGCGGCAGGACAGACCUGGGAGAGAUUGAGGACAUUGUCAGUAUAGGAAGGAGAAAGUACUCAGAGUCACUGAGGAGAGUGGGCCUAGAGGGAGAGAGCUCCUCCCUCGCUGAAGCACAGCAGUAGAUGCCCCCUCGCUGGGUGCAGAUGGCUGACUUACACUUGAGUAACCUGUUUGUUUACAACGUGCCCCCUUCAUCUCAUCCUGCUGUCUAAACAACUGUCCUGGAGUUAAAAAAUCUAUCUUAACACAAUCACGAUAGCCAGUUAAGAGCUGGCGGCACCUUUAAAAGACCUGCAGAAGACAGAGGAAAUGGAUGGACUGCAUUGAGAUGAUGACCCGAGGCUGGUUUUACCACUUUUAUAAAACUGUCUUGGUAUACAAGACAACGCUAUUUAUGAUUUCUGCAAAGCGAAUAUAAAACUAAUAUGAAAAGAAAAAAGUAUAUUCAUGGUAAGUCAAAGUUAAGAGAUACUAAGUGACAAUUCUUGAACUGACUUGCAUCAUAAUUGUGAUCAUCAUCAUCAUCAUCAUCAUCAUCAUUUUGACUCAGUAUCUCAUAAUUGUGACUUAGUAUCUCAAAAUGCUGCCUCAUGAGUUUAAAAAGUAAGUCUGAUUUUGGAACAUGUUAUUGUUAUUUAUUGGCAGGAAAGUCAACAUUACCUGUCCAGGACAGAGUUAAGAGGCAGAGCAGACACUGGAAACCGGUUUUACUAUGGAGGCCUGAAUCACUUAGUGAAAAUGCAAGAGGUGGCAAUUCUUACGGUCAUUACAUCUCUUCCUUGUGUGCUUUUUGUCAUCUAGAAACCAGAUAGCUGUGGUACAUAUCAGUGAAUUAUCAGGAAUUUAUAAUAAAACAAGUUUUGAUGUA